UUCGCUUGGGCCCUCUUCUUUAUAAAACAGUUAAAGGUCAAUAGUACGUAUCAUAGAGUUCAAACACGUUUUAUUUUCAAACUUGGAAGAUAUAAUGAUACCAGAUAUGUGAAAUUGUUGAUAUGAGCUGAGAAUUGAUCACUUGAUCUCUGAGAAAUGGUGAGAGCUGCAUUCUUUGACAAAAAUGGACUCAAGAAAGGUGCUUGGAGUCCGGAAGAAGACGACAAGCUAAAAGCUUAUAUUAUGAAAUAUGGCCAUUGGAACUGGCGUGAACUUCCCAAGUUUGCAGGACUGUCAAGGUGCGGCAAGAGUUGCAGACUAAGAUGGAUGAAUUACCUUCGUCCAGGUGUAAAAUAUGGAAACUACUCCAAAGAAGAAGGGGCUUUAAUAAUGAAAUUGCAUAAACAAUUAGGAAAUAAAUGGUCGAAGAUAGCUGCAGAAUUACCAGGAAGAACAGACAAUGAGAUUAAAAACUACUGGCACACCCAUCUGAAGAAACGCACAAAGGAAAGCCAAAGCGCAACUAGGCUGAAAGAGAAAUGCUCAAUGGAGCAAUCAAGUGAAAUUGCCAAAUGUGAGGUCAACAGCAAGAAUGAAGAUCUGAAAGAUGAGAGUUCCGUCCCAAAUAAUCCACUGCACCCAAUAUUAGAAAGCUCCCCGUUAUCCCCAGAGCCUUCUUCUAAUGAACUUUCUUAUUUGACCUCUGAUUCUUCUCUGGUUACAGUAUCCGGUACAAGUUCAAGUUCAAACUGGAUUGCAGGAGAUGGUCUACUUUCCUUUGAAACAUUUGAAAGCACUAGUGAAGAUUUCUGGACACAACCGUUUGUAGCCGACCCGGAUGGAUAUAGGUUACCCUUGCCAGAGGGGGGACUUGGAUCUUCGUAUUUGACAAGCUAUGACGAUGUUAUGGAUUUGUUCUACCAGGGGAUGCAAGACGUCGGAGGAAUUAGUUCAGCGGCAGACAUCUUGCACAUAUGUGCACCACAGCCGAUCGGUUGGUUGAACAUGCAAUAACGUUAUUCAUGUAAUUUAAACAUUGUAUUAAUUAGUAUUGUAUUAUUUAGUCCCAAAAGGUUGGUUAAGUAGCAAGGGAGAUUCAUUUAACUUGA